GCCUACUUCCCGGACUGGAAAUAAUGCUGCCAGUAAUCCAGGCAGCAUUAUUAUCCAUUAUUAUCCAUUAUUAUCCAUUAUCCAACACAGCAACAUCUUCCUUGUGCCUUUUUUGUAUCAGUUCAAAGAGCGGUCUUUACAGUAUGUUAGAAUGUAUAUAAUAUACUAUCAGGAAGACAUAUCCAACCAUUCUAUUCAAUUUCACUGGACAUAUUAAUCUGUCAACUCAAUCUUGAAGGAUCGUCUGGAAAUAAGAGACCGCACAAUUUCUUCUGCUGCUCCCUCUUGCUCCUAUAUUUGAUUGCACAAUCCGUCUUUUGAGGCCGUUGUAAAGCUUGGACCUUGAGUUUGUUUACAGCCCUUUGAGGAGGAGCGAAGUAAUCUGCCAUCGAGGUAUUCAUUCAUCCCUCCCAUUCCGAACAGACAGAUCUUUACUUAAGGUGUCAGGAGGAUUUAUUCCAAAUAUGACAGGUCUGUUGAAAGAAGGGACGGCAUGAAUGUGAAAGGAAAGUGACAACGGUUGCAGGCAGGACAGGCUAGUGAAGGAUUAAGCAGAACUGAGUCCAAUGGAGCAGUGACCUCAUGUAUAGCUUGGAACGUCUUCCUUCUUCCAAGGAGCGCUUGCAGAAGCAGAGGACAGUGGUACCUUCCUUCAACGCAGAUGAGGAACUGAGUCUACUCUUGAAGUCGUACAAAGGCAACAAGAUCCGUACCUCAAAGUAUUCCCUCCUCUCCUUUCUGCCGAAGAACCUGUUUGAGCAGCUCCAUCGUGCUGCCAAUGUCUACUUCAUCUUCCUCGCUGCUCUCAACUUUGUUCCUGUGGUGGAGGCCUUCCAGCCCGAGAUCGCUGUGAUUCCCAUCAUACUGGUGCUGGCAGUGACCGCGGUCAAAGACAUCUGGGAGGACUACCACAGGUAUAAAUCGGAUCAUUCCAUCAACAGGCUGCCGUGCCAUGUCUACAGCAGUAAGCAGCAGGCCUACAUUGAGCAGCGCUGGCAGGAUGUGCGAGUCGGAGACUUUGUCUGUCUGUCCUCUAAUGAAAUCAUUCCGGCGGACAUGCUGCUGCUGUAUUCCUCUGACCAGCGUGGGGUUUGUUACAUUGAGACCGCCAACCUGGACGGAGAGACCAACCUGAAACAGAGACAGGUGGUUUCUGACCUCCCGUUGCAGGGAGUAGAGUCCCCCCUCGAGAGCUUCCACAGUCGUAUUGAGUGUGAGAACCCCAACAAUGACCUCAGCAGGUUCAGAGGUUACAUGGAGCACCCCAGUGGGCUCCGAGUGGGCCUCCACAACAACAACCUGCUGCUGAGGAGCUGCACCGUCCGCAAUACUGAGACCGUGGUGGGCAUCGUGGUGUACGCUGGUCAUGAGACUAAAGCCAUGAUGAACAACAGCGGGCCGCGGUACAAGCGCAGCCAGCUGGAGAGGCACCUGAACACCGUGGUGCUGUGGUGUGUGCUGCUGCUCUUCAUCAUGUGUCUCACUGCUGCUAUAGGUCACGGCCUCUGGCUAAAGAACCUCAAAGACCCGGUCUUUGAGGUGGAUUCGGAGACUUCUCCCGCCCUGGCUGGAUUCUAUGUCUUCUGGACUAUGAUCAUUGUGCUGCAGGUGCUGAUCCCCAUUUCUCUGUACGUGUCCAUUGAGGUUGUGAAACUGGGCCAGAUCUACUUCAUCCACAAUGACCUAGCCCUGUACAACCAGCAGCUGGACUCUAGGACCCAGUGCCGGGCCCUGAACAUCACAGAGGACCUGGGUCAGAUCCAGUACCUGUUCUCUGAUAAGACAGGAACUCUGACGGAGAACAAGAUGGUGUUCCGCCGCUGUAGUAUCUACGGGGUGGAAUAUCCUCAUGAGGAAAACGCUCGGAGGCUGGAGGUGUAUGAGGCUGAGAGGAGUGAGGAGGGGUCCGGUCGCUCGGUGACCCUGCAGUCGGGCCGCAGCAGAUCUCUGAGCUGCAGACACAGCUCCGUGUCUCUGCACACACUCACUGCUGAGGAGGAGGAAGAGGAGCUGAUCAAUCACAGCCAGCCCAGAGCCUUCUGCAGCCGCGUGGCGAAGGAGGUGCUGCCGGACCCUGAGCUGGUGAGGAAGCUCAACUGGUUCCUCUCCCCUGCACUGGCUCUGAGUGACGGCUCCUCUGGGGCCCCCUCCAGCCUGGAGCUCACCUACAUCACUGACUUCUUUCUGGCUCUGGCCAUCUGUAACAGCGUGGUGGUGUCCUCUGCCAGCCAGCCGCGACACGUGGUGCGUGAAGAACAGACCCCUCUCAAGUCCCUGGAGGAAAUCAAGACGAUGUUCCAGCGCCUGAGCUUCUCUCCAUUCUCAGCCCUCUCCAUCCCCUCCCCUCCCCAGAUCAAAGUCAGCCCCCUCAGCCUCGCCCACCGGAUGUUUGCCAGGGGGAAGACUGGCUCGCUGGACUUCCCCCCCUCCAGUAACCGCACCACGGACGAGUCAGAAUCAAGCCUGGAGGGCACCCUGGAAACCUCCAGCCUGAGACCUAAACCGGACAUAUCUUCUAGAGUCAUGGAAGGGGCUGGCAGGGAGGUAAAGGAUGAUGUCAUAGAUUCAAAGACGGACGGGGCCAGGCAGGAUGCGGAGGACUUGACCCUAGAAGAGGAUUGUAAGAGUGAGGCUGAUGAAGAGCUGCUGUACGAGGCGGAGAGUCCGGACGAGGCGGCCCUGGUCCACGCGGCCCAGGCGUACUGCUGCACCCUGAGGGGCCGCUCGGCAGAGAGCCUGACGGUGGAUCUGCCUGGGAUCGGCUCCCUGUCCGUCCCCCUGCUCCACAUCCUGCCCUUCGACUCAGACAGGAAGAAGAUGUCCGUGGUGGUCCGCCACCCGCUCACAGGACAGGUGGUGGUCUACACCAAGGGAGCUGACUCCGCCAUCAUGGACCUGACGGAGGCACCAAAAGGUGCAGAUGAGGCUCAGGAGAUCUACAGACACAUCAGAGAACAAACCCAAAACCACUUAGACAGCUAUGCCAGAGAAGGCCUCCGCACACUCUGCAUCGCCAAAAAGGUUCUGGAAGAAGAGGAGUACCAGGUGUGGCUGAAGGGCCAGCUGCGGGCAGAGAGCAGCAUAGAGAGCAGAGAGGAGCUGCUGAUGGAGUCUGCUCUCAGACUGGAGACCAGCCUCACUCUGCUGGGCAGCACAGGCAUCGUGGACAGACUGCAGGAAGAAGUCCCGGAGACGAUAGAAGCUCUUCAGAGAGCUGGGAUCAAAGUGUGGAUCCUCACUGGAGACAAAAGGGAAACAGCCGUCAACAUCGCCUACGCCUGCAAACUGCUGGGUCCCAACGACCAGCUGCUGACAGCCAGCUGUGGGAGCAAGGAUGCAUGUGCAGCUUUACUCCUGGAGCUCCAGCUGGAAGUGGAUCGCAGUGGGGUACCUGCAGCAGGGAAUCCUGGAAAGUCUCGGUCAGGCGCAGGGGCGGGCUUCAUCCUGGUGAUAGACGGCCGGACCCUGGACUGGGCCCUGCAGGAGGACCUGAAGGAGGACUUCCUGCUGCUGAGCUGCAGCUGCAAGGCGCUGCUCUGCUGCAGGUCCACCCCGCUGCAGAAGAGCCAGGUGGUGCGGCUGGUCCGGGACCAGCUGGCCGUCAUGACCCUGGCCGUGGGUGAUGGAGCCAAUGAUGUGAGCAUGAUCCAGGUGGCUGAUGUGGGCAUCGGGAUCUCUGGACAGGAGGGGAUGCAGGCGGUGAUGUCCAGUGACUUCGCGAUCUCCAGGUUCAAACACCUGAGGAAGCUGCUGCUGGUCCACGGUCACUGGUGCUACGCUCGACUCGCAAACAUGAUCCUCUACUUCAUCUACAAGAAUGUGAUGUUUGUGAAUCUGCUGUUCUGGUAUCAGUUCUUCUGUGGUUUCUCUGGGAGCGUGAUGACCAACGCCUGGGUGCUCAUCCUCUUCAACCUGCUCUUCACCUCCGUGCCUCCUCUCCUCUGCGGCGUGCUGGACCGACACACUGCCGCACACACACUGAUGCAGCUGCCCCAGCUCUACCACGCCUCCAAGGUCUCUGUUCCCCACAUGUUCUGGAUCACAGUCCUGGAUGCCUUUUACCAAAGCCUCGUCUGCUUCUUUGUGUCUUACUGUGCCUUUGCAGGGUCAAGCAUCAGUGUGCUCUCCUUCGGCUCUCCCAUCAACGCCUCCGCCCUCCUCAUCAUCCUGCUGCACCAAGUCAUCGAGAGCCCCACCCUGACGUGGAUCCAUGCGCUGGUGUUGCUGCUCAGCGCUGCCUCCUACUUCGGCUUCGUGGUGCUCUUCGGUUUGUUCUGUGUGACCUGCAGCCCCCCCACAAACCCUCUGGGGGUGGAAACACUCCAAAUGUCUGACCCACUUUUCUACAUCAUAUGUGCCCUUACCACUGUGACAGCGCUGAUACCCAGGCUGCUGUUCCGAGCUCUGUUCAACACUUUACACCCCUCCGCUGUUCUGAAAUCAGCUCAGACGGACAGAGAGGAUUCUGAGAAUUACCGGAGGAAAAUGCAGCGCUGGAAUCAGAGCCGGCCCAAAAACAGGCUGCCAGUGUGUGCAGACAACCCGGGCCUGGAGCCCUGCUCAGACACAGUGUCCUGACACACACACACACACACACACACACACACACACACACACACACACACACACACACACACACACACACACA